ACCCUAUAUAAACCAGCCUCACUGAUCUAUUUACGGAGACUGUCAGUACGUUCUCAAGGCUGAAGCAAUUCAGGAGAUUACAGCUUAAAACACUAACUCUCUCAAUUGGUAACAAUGUCUCACGGAUGGGGAUACGCAGCAACCAACGGACCCGACAAAUGGGGUGAAAACUUCCCGAUUGCAAAUGGACCACGUCAGUCUCCCAUUGAUAUUGUACCUGGGGAGACUGCGUUCGACGCAGCACUGAAGGCGCUCACACUGAAGUACGAUCCCUCCACCUCCAUCGACAUCCUCAACAAUGGACAUUCUGUUCAAGUCACCUUCGCCGACGACACCGAUAGCUCAACUCUGACCGGGGGCCCGAUCUCUGGCAAAUACAGGCUGAAGCAGUUCCACUUCCACUGGGGGGCCAGCGACGACAAGGGCUCCGAGCACACUGUGGCGGGGACCAAGUACCCAGCUGAGCUGCAUCUGGUGCACUGGAACACCAAAUAUCCCAGCUUUGGAGACGCUGCCAGCCAGGGUGACGGGCUCGCUGUGGUUGGAGUUUUCCUGGAGAUUGGUGCAGACAAUCCUCAGCUCCAGAAGCUUCUUGAUGCUUUUGAUGGCAUCAAAGCCAAGAGCACCCAGACUUCCUUCGCGAACUAUGACCCGUCCACACUCCUGCCAGGGUGUCUGGACUAUUGGACCUACGAUGGCUCCCUGACCACUCCUCCUCUGCUCGAGAGCGUCACCUGGAUUGUCUGCAAGGAGUCAAUCAGUGUCAGCCCUGCUCAGAUGGGGAAAUUCCGCAGCCUGCUAUUUUCUGGGGAUGGGGAGGCCCCUUGCUGCAUGAUGGACAACUACCGCCCCCCGCAGCCACUGAAGGGCCGCAAGGUUCGCGCAUCCUUCAAGUGAGCCUGUCUCACUCCCCCUCCCCCAACCAAGGGCCGUCCUCCAGUCGACCCCCUGCAGCCCCAACCCGACCAUUUAUCCGCCCUCCAACCUCCACAGCGAGCUGUGCUGGUGUCCCCCCUGCCAAGAGAGCUACACGGGGCACAGGAACCUCUCUGUGCCCCCCAGUGCUUCCAUCCACCAGUAAUCCCCUUAGCCCUGCCACCUUAACCACCCAGGUGACUUGCCCUCCUCAGUCAUGGAUCACGCUAUCAAGUGACCUGGCGACCAAACGUGACCAAGGCAUCUCUUCUUCCACGUCUAUUUCUGGUCCAGGCUGUGGUGUGGUCUGGAUGAGUGCUCUGAAGGACGCCAUUUUGAUUCCCUCGACGCAUUCCUUAAGGCCCAUUGUGGCAGGUUUACUGGGAUUCUGUUUUUUGGUGCCAAUAUUUUAAAAGUCUUUUAUUAGUCCUCUCUCUUAAAAAAAAAAAUGAUUACUGUCCUUUUUGUGGAUAUUUAGACCCUUUGUAUUUGUAUGUAUGUAAAAGCAAACAAGUAAAGAGAUGAAGACAAGUGUGAAGAUGCGAUGAAGCAGAAAAACUAAAUUACUAAGCGCAAUGAGGCAUGAAUGUUUUUGCUCAGCACAAUACGAGAGGACAGCCAUGUCUGCUUGUAGUACCAGCCCUCCUGGCAGAGGCUGGUUGCCCGGCCAUCUGCAGGGGAGAGGGGGGGAGGGGAAGGGUGAUCCUGCCCCUGUGGUUCCAGUGUGUAAUCUCUGACUGCCCGCCUCAGGAUCACCAGGGCUUAGCGAACCUCUGGCGUUUUGGCCAAGCAAACUUGCAAAAAUCCCCAUUUGGCACACACGCACCCAUAUGCACACAGUGACACAUGUACACACGCACACACACACACACACACAAACACAAACACACACACAACCUUAUGGUGUUUAGAAUCCUCUCAUCAAUUGGUACUGUGUUUUCAUCAUGUCAAAAUCUUCAUGCCUCCAAUCUCCAAAUCCCUUUCUUGUUUGUUUUUAUGAAUUGUAUUGAUGCUAUAGACUAGCACAGACAUUAGAAGCUUCCAAAUACAGAGACAGUUCAUAUUAACACAUUUGUGGCAUUUCUUUGUUUUCCAUGAUUCCUAAAAAAAUUUUUUUUUUUUAAACCGAAAGUGAAUGUGUUUUGAAUUGCUUCCUUGUCUUCCUCCCUGUGAAGGUCAAUCCAUCCUUGUGUUGUAACCCCUGCUUUGUGCAGGUGCCUUUUGGCUAUUGCCAGCCCAGCACUGCAUUAAAGUGAAGAUAGAGGUAAACCUGCCAAAAGAUAAGCUUGAUAAUCUUAACAGGACACCAGGUCCUUGAGAAGUUAGGUUAGAGCCUCUGAGGUUCAUGUAGACUUGUCGGACCAGAAGUCUGUGCAGAACAUCUAAGAAAAUAUCGUUUGAAGCUGUGUGUUCGUCAUAACGUCUUAGUUUGUGCCCAAUCAUGAAUUUCGGCUUAUGUAAUGAGUACGUCAUGCUGUCUGCUUGUUUUGGAAAGAGGAGGUUUUAAAUAAAGUUAUUUUACAACUA